AAUACUAAAGCUGUUGAUAAUUAUUAUUGCAGUCACAAUAUAAUUCGGUGGUGACCGAUAUGGCUGUCAGUGAAGAUGAUUCACUUCUUUGUGCAGCUGAUCAACAGUUUUCUGUUUAUAUCUGGAAUAUCUCACAAUAUGCACUACACGGACUAGAGGACAAGCCUCCAACUUUGCUUCACUGCUGGAGAGCCCAUCUGUGUGAUAUAACAAGUGUGAUCCCAUUGAGUAAGCAUGGGCUGGUUGUCACUUCAUCCAUGGAUUGCACAGUGAAGCUCUGGUCACUUCAGGGGGAACACAUUGGUACAUUUGGUCAAAAUGAAAUGUGGGACAUAACAAAGAAGGAAUCAUGGAAAGAACAAUCCAUUGUUAGCAGUUUGAAUACUCAUAAAUCACCACCAAAACCAUUGACAGGAACCAAUUCCAGUCUGAGUAUUGAGAGUAACAGCAUCAUUUCUGAGGUGACAGUUUCAUCUGAGCCAAUUGAUAAAGAAAUUGUAGAAGAAUUGAAGAAUCUAAAUAUAUUGAAAGUACAAAACAGAGUACAGCAAGUUGGCUCAAAAACCACAGACAUUCAGCAAGUGUGUGGGAGAGUGAAUUCUUAUCAGUCCCUGAAGAUCUUUGAUUUGCUCUAUGUACCACCUACCAUCCGAAAACCCAACCCAGCAGCCGAGAUUAAUGAUCCAUAUGACCUGUCCAUUUAAUUCAGAUAGGAAAAUCUGAAAAACAAAAUCCACAGGGCAGUGUGACUAGAGAAAAACAGUUCUGCAGCAGCCAUUUCAUAUAAAGUACCUCCAUUAUACUAU